AUGGCGCGGAGCGUCAAACGUCCGCGGCCUGAGCCGCACGCUUUUCACCAGCUCGGAAAGCAGGGUCGGAAAACCGGCAUUACGCUGCAAGAUCGAGGCGAACGCGACGAACACGGCAUGCAGCCCAUCGAUUCCAUCUUUUCGCCCCACGAAGCGAAACCUGCCUCGGCCGACGAUGCGUCUGGCGAUUCUGAAGGCGCAGACAUGAGUAUUGCGUCUAGCAGUGGUCCAGGGCCUCAGACGCUGCUCAAAAACCGACACAGCAUCACAUAUCCCAUUCCAAAAAGCAGGUCUCCCAUCAAGACCAAGCUGAACUCUCCCGCCAAGAGGAAUCCCCAUUUGGAGUUCCCUUCGUCGCCCUCGCGCAGCACCUUAUUAGACGACAACACGGUUACGCGAAAAAUCGAUUUUGCCGCCCACUCCAGCAAGCCACGACCGUCGACUGGGAAGGACUUGGGAAACGGCUCGAAAAAACCGUCGAGGCCGUCUCUCCUGCAGUCGGAAGACGAUGAAACGAAUCCACCUACAGACCCUAUACUGGGACACCAAAACGACCCGACAAUGUCAGACAUGGUGGAGCAAUCCAUGCAACUGGUGAAUGCUAUGCACAGCGACAACUUUACGGCAGCAGGAUUCGACCAAGGGCCGGACGAUUUGCCGCCCGCAGUAGGCAACGACGACUUUCCAGAAGAGGAGCCACGGCUGCCAUCUGCCAAGCCAUCACCGGCGAACCCGUCGCCAAUACAACAACCCCAACGAAAGCCUCCGCCUCAACCUCAGCCUAUACCGUCGAUUUUCGGAACGAGAAAACGGCCAUCGCUGGAAACAGUUGCAGAGGGAGGUGAGUCUGAGAAGGACAAGAGGGAAGGGGAAGAGGAGGAAAGACGGGAAAAGCGGCAACGCACGAGUAUGCCGCCGCCGCCACCACCACCGCCACCCCUAUCAAGGCCGAAAGCUGCAGCAUCAAGAGAGACUACUGCACCAUUAAUUCCGAAACCCAAACCCCCUGUACCCAAGACAGAGGUCAAACCAGUUAAGCGCGGAAGAGGGCGGCCUAGGAAAACCGAGCGACGGACCAAACCGGCAGAGCAAGACGACGAAGGCGACGAGACCAUUAUGGAAAUACAACGCGCCCCGCCCAUGCCAAGGUCCAGAGGGUUGGUGUCCGUCCGAAAUGAAGCCUCCGACACCCAGACGCGAUCAGGAAGACGGUCGUUUCGACCCCUGGAGUAUUGGCGAGGCGAGCGAGUAGUCCGCGGUGAAGAAGAGCAGGCACAGGACGCAGAUGGCGUCGAAACUGGCGAUUUUCUCUUGCCGUCCACCAAACAAGUCAUACGCAUACCCGAAGACGCCCCGCCGUCCAGGCGCGCACCCAGAAGCAAAACACGAACCAAGGCCAAGUCAGUCGCGGUUGGAGAGGCCGUGCAGGAAGACGAGGAGCUCGAAGAGUGGGAGAUGAAUGACGGCACAAUCUCGGGCGACAUUGUGCUCUGGGAACCCGAGCACGAGUUCAACCCACCAGCCGACGCGGACGAAGUCCAAAUCGCAGAAGAUCGACUCGCCAUCUCGGCAGAUGCCAUUGAAACGCAGGACAUACCCCUGGCCACGUUUCGCUUCGCCAAGACGCUCACACUGCCCUUUAUGGGCGCCGGCGUGGUAGACCUGCCCCCGGGCGCAGAGAAGCGGCCCAAGAACUCGCGCAAGAUGCACAUGGUGUUUUUCGUGCACUACGGAAAAGUGCUCGUGACCAUUAACAAGGAGCAGUUUCGCAUAUCCGCCGGCGGAACGUGGUUCGUACCACGGGGCAAUUAUUACAGCAUAAUGAAUGAUUACGAGGUUCCCGCUCGCAUCUUUUUCGCUCAGGCGUGCGAAGUGGCUCCCCCGCUGGAGGAGUAG